AUGCUGCCUCCUCCUCCGGCGCCUUCGCGGCCCCCGCACCCACCGCUUCUCCACGGCGGCUGUGAGCCCCAGCCUCCCGCGGAAGAAGAAUCAUGCGGGGGAUCCUCCUCGCGGGGCGGGGCCGCCUCCCGCUCCCGACACCGGGGACGCGGCGGCGGCAAGAGCCCACGAGGCGGCCGUCAGGCGGCUGGCGGCGGCGGGCGACGUGGACGGCGUGCAGCUGGCGCUGCAGGAGAUGCGGCUGAGGGGCGUCCCGUGCACCGAGGCGCGCUCGUCGCCGCCGUCGGCGCCUUCGCCGGCGCGGGGGCGCCCGACCGCGCGCUCAAGACGUUCUACCGCGCGGUGCACGACCUGGGCUGCGCGCGCCCCACCGAACCGCGGCUCUACAACCACCUCAUCGACGCGCUGCUGCGGGAGAACAUGGUGGGGGCCGUCGCGCUGGUGUACGACAACAUGAGGAAGGACGGCGUGCGGCCCAACGUGUUCACCUACAACCUGCUCGUCAGGGCGCUGUGCCAGAACCACCGGAUCGGGGCCGCGCGCAAGAUGCUCGACGAAAUGGCCAGGAAGGGGUGUCCGCCAGAUGAUGUGACCUACGGCACCAUCGUCUCCAUGCUGUGCAAGCUUGGCAGGGUGGACGAGGCCACGGAGGUGCUGGCUGCGGCGCCGCCCGUGGCCGCCUCCUACAAUGCCAUCGUUCUAGCUCUCUGCAGAGAGCUCAGGAUGCAGGAGGUGUUCGCAGUUGUCGGCGACAUGGUGGGGAGGGGAGUGCAGCCUAAUGUCAUCACAUACACUACUAUAGUCGACGCGUUCUGCAAGGCCGGCGAGCUGAGGAUGGCGUGUGCCAUUCUGGCAAGGAUGGUGAUCACCGGAUGCACUCCAAAUGUUGCAACGUUCACUGCAUUGGUCAGAGGACUAUUUGAUGAUGGAAGGGUUCAUGACGCGCUAGACAUGUGGAAGUGGAUGGUGGCUGAAGGAUGGGCACCGUCGACGGUUUCCUACAAUGUUCUGAUCCGUGGCCUUUGCAGCGUUGGUGAUCUUAAGGGAGCAUCAUCUGUACUCAAUGGCAUGGAGCAACACGGCUGCUUUCCUAAUGCGAGGACCUACUCCACUCUUAUUGAUGGUUUCUCCAAAGCCGGGGACCUAGAUGGUGCCAUAUCAAUAUGGAGUGACAUGACAAGAUCUGGUUGCAAGCCAAACGUUGUUGUUUACACAAACAUGGUGGAUGUGUUUUGCAAGAAGCUGAUGUUUAAUCAGGCAGAGAGUCUUAUUGAUAAGAUGCUAUUGGAAAACUGUCCUCCCAACACAGUCACAUUCAACACGCUGAUCAGAAGUCUAUGCGAUUGCAGAAGAGUCGGGAGAGCUCUUGGUGUGUUCCAUGAGAUGAGAAGACAUGGAUGCCUGCCAAAUGGUAGGACGUAUAACGAGUUGCUCCAUGGUCUCUUUAGGGAGGGAAACUGUGGAGACGCUCUUCAAAUGGUGAUCGAGAUGCAAAACCAUGGUAUUGAGUUGAGUUUAGUAACAUACAACACUGUAGUAAGUGGUCUAUGUCAAAUGAGAAUGAGCAGAGAAGCCAUGUUUUUUGUGGGGAGGAUGAUAGUUCGAGGAAUUCAACCAGAUGCAUUCACUUUCACUGCGAUAAUUCAUGCUUAUUGCAAGGAAGGGGAAGUCAGGAUGGCCGCUUGGAUGUUUGGUGCGAUGAAUGUAGUGAACUGCGGUCGUAACAUACUAGUGUACACUAUUCUAAUUGCAGAGCUUUGCAAUCAAGAUAAGCUGGAAGAUGCCAUGGUGUACCUACUAAAGAUGUUAUAUGAAGGUAUAUAUCCAAAUACAGUGACAUGGAACGUUUUGGUCCGUGGAGUUUUUAGAAACCUUGGCUGCAAUGGUCCAAGUGAUUUCAUUCAACAUAUUGCCAUGGACAUAUCACAGGGACCUGAGGUUCAAUAUUGUGGUUCUUUGGCUUCCCAACGAAGGCAAAGUUGA